CGCUGAAGCCCACGCGCUCGCAGCAGCCGUGGCUCUGAUGGCUGGAUCACAGCAGCUGUGGUCACGCACAGCACACGCCGGGAGCAUAACCCGAGACUGACGGCGCUUUGGCCUGGAGACACAUCCCCCAGCUGGAGAACCAUGUCUGGGGAGAGGUGCGGGGCUGAGAAAGAGCUUUCCGCAGGUGGGGGGGACGGGAUUAGAUGUCACAUCACACUGGGGGAAGUAAGAGAACUCUAAUGGCUGUCAGCUGAGAACCUCUGGUUCUGCUUUAAGGAAAACAAGUGGGCAGACCCCCAUAUGACAGGAUGAUAACAAGCGUUGUCAUUUGUUACCCCAGACGCAAGGCUUUAUGAGGUAACAAAACGUUCCAUCUGAGGAAAGGGCCACUGUGGUCUCACUUAACCCUAAUGAAUGUCGUCAUAUUACAGCCUAGUUUGACUUUUAAUAUAUAAUCUGCUGUAUGAAGUUUGCUCCUUAAUGCUCAUAGGGUCAAAGCAGAAGUCCUAAAGAGGACUCGUGAGAUUGUUGUAAUGAACAAAAGAAAGAGCAAUAUAUUAAUUUCACCUCCUUCCUUCUGGGGUAACAGAACAAAACUAUAAUCAGGUAAAAACACAAUAUUGGAAAUGGUUAUUACAAAAAUAACUACUGAUACUAUUAAAAGCACAUCUUGCUUCAACUGAAGGUUAUACUGCCUAGUUUGACUGAUCCUGUCUAAAACUAAAUAAAAAGACCAAUAUAAUAUCUUUUAAACCUUUUUUUUGCCAAACGCAUGAAACAAGCACAAAUAUUUUUUCAUUUAUUUUUUAAAAGUUUGAUUAUACUCUUCUCCACAGUAUCACAAACAAAGGGGCUGAACUAAACUCUCCCUGUGAAAUCCAAAGACUCAGACAACUGAUACUCUUUAGUCUGUUCAGAGAAUUAAACUGGGAAGUGAAUGGUAAAGCAAUUCAGAUAUAAAACUAGUUUCAAGAGGAAAUAAAAAACCUUUAGAUUUUAUUCCAGUGAAAUCUAAAAAGAGGAAAGUAUAUCCGAUUUUUGUACAUGACAUAAGGAAACCAUUAUUUGAGUACAAUAGUGUUAAAAAAUCUACUAAUGAUUUACUGCUGCCAGUAAAGUGAGUCAAAAUUCCUUCUUAUUAGGAUUAGGCAAAUGAGUCGUCUCCCACAAGGAGUAUAAAUCUCUGUACUUGUAGCAGCUAUUAAUGUUUUCAUUAAUGAUAAUGUGUAAAGUUUCUGUAACGGUUCACACCCAAACACACCUACUAACCAUAAAGUUUUAAGAAAGACAGUUUUUUGCUUUGACCUACAGACAAGGUUUGCUCAAGCACAAGUUAUUCAGAGAACAUCUUAAGACAGAAAUAGAGGCUGAAUUAAAAAAAAGUUUUUGCUGGAGUGCGAGAGAGAGAGAGAGAGAGAGAGAGAGAGAGAGAGACAGACACAAGCUACCACUACUGAUACUGAUGAUCAUGGAGGGUAUUGUGGAGCUCUUAAGCUCUAUGGGAAAUGAGGUAUCCUGUCUGGCUGACCCACUGACUGCAGCUCACAUCCUUCAUUAAUGAGGCUAUGGUUCAGGACAGACUAAACACACAAGUCUGCAUUUAUAGGGAUUUACUGUGCCCUCAGAACAUCUGAGCUUUUGAGCUUUAUUUAAAAAAAGAAAAAUUUCUAUCAGAGUCAAUCUCAAAGCAUCAUUUGUAAAGACAUGUUACAAACCACAUCAUUAUACAGUCAGACUAGGCCUGAUCUUAUAUGUUAGAAAUUUGGAUCUUAAGAAAUGAGAGGAAAAUGAUUUUUCAACAUUUAUACCUUAAUAUUUUCCAGAAAUUCUGGAAGCAUGCUGACAUUAAUACGCAAUCCCAAACUGGACAGAACGCUUGCAAAUGAAGUUUAACUUUCAGUAUUGCUUGCAAUUUGAAUCUGGGAUCUGGACUAUGGGUACACUGCUUGUAAAAAUAGUUCCACUUUGCAUGCUCAGGGGUUUUGGAGGGUUAAAAUGGGGGAAGCAAAGUUCAUGUACUAGCAACCUGAAUGGGUUUAAAUGGCAUAUCUUAGCCACAUCACCAGGGUUUAGUGUGAAAACAGGGACAAUAAAGCCAUCAACACACUGUGGACAACACACUACAACAUCAAGGCACUUUCAAACAGUGUCUAGCCAUGGUUUAAAUUAGGGACUGGUUUUGUUUUAAUGAGCAACGACAGUUAUUUUCCCCUUCGUCAAGUGCAUCCCAAGCAGAGCGUGGCACUGAGAAUAAUUAUAAUGAGAAAAAAACAAUGCGGUGCUGUCUUUAAUAUAAAGCUAAUUAAACCUGAGUUUUUACACCAAACCAAAGAGCAUCUAUAGACUUUCCCAUACGAGAGCCACCUCAUCUGGGGUGAAAAGGAGGUUUGGGGACAAGAGCAAUUUUAUUUAUUAUUAGAGCAAUAUUAUUUCUAGGGGCCCAGGAUUCCUCAUUAUGUCCACGACCCACACAUAAACAGGACUACAAAUCAUCCUCAAGGAUCAAACAUAUAUAUAUACGAUUAAUUUGACAUCUAAUGCACUCUGAAUGCAUUUUCUGAUAAAUCUAAGAGAGUCUUAGAUGGGAGAUUCAACAUUUGCCUGCUUGUCUGUAUUGAAGUCUUUUUGCUUCCUUCUGACUAAACCCCUUUGGUUUGAGUCUGGUGGAGAUUUUUGUACUGCAGUUAAAGCCACCACAAGGCCGCUAUACACAACACCCUCUCAAAAGAAACAAUAAAGCUCGCCAGGCAGAUGCUCACCACAAGAUACAUACACACGCUGCAUACGUGUGUCCAACACCUGAAUCUGUUAUAUAAAUGAUUAAAGUUGUUAAUUAAAAAAAAAAAUGACGCAAAUAUAAAGAGACGAUUAAUAACAGCUGUAGUGGUCAUUAAAUUAAAUUAGCACUGCUGUACAGUAUGUAGGUGAUGAAACCAGUAUCACAUCAUUUUUAAUAUUUUGUGAUCUUCAAAAGAUUUCCAAACCAUCUAUCAUUCUAUGUCUGAAGGAAGUCUUUUUAAAUGCUGGUGUGGAUUUAAACACUGGUUAAAAAGGAAGUUGCUCUUUUUGUGUUUUCAGCGCAUUGUCAGACCUGGUUUCUCAUUAAUCAAGCAAGUUUGUUUCUCAAACACACAGUAUAAUACAACUGAAGAAAACAGAGACUACAGUAAAAGAUGUGAAGUUGGUGCUAAAACAGGCCAGUGAACAGAGGGUUAAAUAUGGGAGCUGAUAGCUCAUCUCAGCUGCCUGCCACCGCCAUGCUGCCAGCUGGGAUAUUUGCAUAAACAGUGAAGGAGAGCGAUGGACAGAGUGAGUGAGGAAAAGAGAGAGGGACUAAGAGAGGAGGGGUACAUUCACCCCAGACACUCCCACAGCAUAUAAAUCCAAACCAUACUGAAUUUCUCAGACAGAAACCACACGUGGAGCUCAACUCAGAGGCACAGAGCUAGCGGCUGAGGGAGUGAGAGGCAGAGAACGGGACAAAGUUUCAAAGAAGCCAGAGAAGCUGUGGAUAGACAGACCUAACACAGUGGAUGUGAGUAAAGAAGGUAAAGAGACAGAACACUAUUGUCAGUAGAAGCCUUCAGAAAGUAAAGAGGACGUUUUUGUGCUGCUUCACAAAAAAAACAAACAAAAAAAAAAAACCCAAGCCAGUAUUCCAUGAGGUAUCGAGGCUGAGGUGCACCCCAUGCUCGGAAGGAAUCAAAAGUGAGGAGAGUGAGUCACAAUCCUGCAUGCUGUAUAAUUUCUACAUACUGCGUGAUUGCAUGACCAACCCUGCAUGACUCUGGACCACGUCUGAGAUCUGAGCCAAAGCGUGCUCUAGAAGGUUUUACACAAAAUGUCAUUUGCAAUGGUGCGUCCAGCCCCAAGCCGCUACCUGUACUCGGACAUCUCCAUGAUGUCUGAGGACGAGGAGAAUGGCAGCGAGAGCUCGGGUUCGGAUGACCGCUCCUUCCGACUGGAUGCCUCUGGCUACGAGCUCAAGGUGGGCGGCAGGAAACGGAAACCGGGCAGUGGAGGUGGAGGAGGGCGGAUUGGUGGAGUGCUACCAGGCACCGCAAGUGGUCCACCAGGUGAGGGGCGGCAGCGUAAUGCGGCCAAUGCGCGGGAACGAGACCGUACCAACAGUGUGAAUACAGCCUUCACAGCACUCAGGACUCUUAUCCCCACUGAGCCGGCAGACAGGAAGCUGUCCAAAAUUGAGACUCUCCGCCUUGCUUCCAGCUACAUCUCGCAUCUCGGCAACGUCCUGUUGGUAGGCGAGGCCUGUGGUGACGGGCAGCCAUGCCACAGCGGUGGACCUUCGGCAGCCUACUAUCAUCAUCAUGGAUCACCUACACGAGAUUCUGAGAACUCGCAGCCCAAACAGAUCUGCACUUUCUGCCUCAGCAACCAGAGGAAAAUGAGCAAAGACAGAGAAAGAAAAACAGCCCUGAGGAAUUAAUACAGAGAG